AUGGGAUGGUUGCAUGUGGAAAAACCCGCGGCCCUCCUGGCGGAGGAGUUUUCAGGGGUCGUCACCCGCUGUGCGGAGGAAGGCCUAGGGGAGCGUCGCCCUAGGGGGUCGGGGGGAUAUGAAUGGUGGACACCUGAAUUAGAGAAAACUCGGAAGUUGCAGUGCAAACUAAGGCGUGCGUGGCAGAGUAAAAGGCGUUUGGGAGGUAGGUCUGAGGAGAUAGCAAGAAUGGCUUUUCAUGAUAUACGUGCGAGAUACAGGAAGAUGAUGGUGGAGGCGCAGCAGUCGCAGCACAUAAGGGUCGCCAACACUGGUAAUGAGGACCCGUGGGGCCUGUCAUACAGGUUAGCCAGUGGGAGGGUGCGUCCGCCUGCUAAUGUAAUUAACGGGAUUGCCUUUGCGGGUGGGCAUCCGGACCGACUGGAAGCGGCGAUGCAAAAUUUAAUGUCUACGCUCUGUCCGGAUGAUAGCCCUGAUUGCGACACGGCUUAUCACCGGCAAGUCCGUUUGCUGGCGGCAUUUGUGCCGUCUGGUGGGGCUGCGCCUCCACUCACCGUUGGGGACCUGGGAGGUAUAGUCAAGGCCUUGCCUAACACAGCUCCGGGACUCGAUGGGGUAAGUGCGAGAAUCGUGAGGAAUAUAUGGAUGGCAGCACCAAGGGAACUUCACUUGGUGUAUGCUAAGUGUGUAGUAGAGGGAGUUUUUCCCAAGGUAUGGAAGGACGGAAGACUGAUUGUCAUUCCCAAGGGUAAUGACAAGCCGCUCACCGACGCCAAGGCAUACCGUCCAAUUACGCUCCUCCCUGUUUUGGGAAAGUUGCUAGAACGCGUAAUGCUGAGAUGUGCUCCUGCGAUUAGUCGUGGGAUAUCAGAAUACCAGCAUGGAUUUUCUCCGGGGCGAUCUACGGUAACAGCGCUGCGUGUCUUGCUCAGCACGGCAAAGUAUUCUCGGGCAUGCUACGUGCAGGCAAUCUUUCUUGAUAUCUCCGGCGCCUUCGACAACGCCUGGUGGCCGAUGAUGAUGGUUAAGGCGAAACGAGGUGGUUGUCCACCCAACAUUUACAAAAUGCUGGUGGAUUACUUCACCUCCAGACGUGUCGGCCUUUUCAUCGGUGACCGGGUGGAGUGGAAGACGUCGACCAUGGGAUGUCCUCAAGGCUCCGUGCUGGGCCCUACACUGUGGAACGUAUUGAUGGACGACCUACUCCGACUCCCUCUGCCUGAGGGAGUAGCAAUGACCGCCUAUGCUGAUGAUGUCACUAUUCUCAUUGAAUCACAAACCAGAGCGGGUAUCGAAUCCAGGGCCCGAGUCACUCUGGACCUUGUACGGGAGUGGGGGCUAAGGAAUCGACUGGAGUUCUCCUCAUCAAAGUCGACCACAAUGACUGUUAGAGGGAAACUUCAGCGCCCCCCCGUUAUUAAACUUGGUGGAGAAUCCAUCAAGAAUGUGACCAAUACUAAGGUGGUGGUGGAGGUGAUGGUGGCGCUGACCUUGGCGCUGCUGCAAUUUGCGCAUAAGAGUCCGGCGCUGAAGAUGGACCAGGUAUGGGCUCCUGGUUUGCAGGUUGGGGCUAGAGUGGCGUAG